GUCAAAAUAUUUAUUGUGAAACAAAUAUCACUUUAUCAUCCUUGUAGCUUGUAAACGAACUGCGUUGAUAAAUAUCUAUAGUAUUACAUAUUAAUAGUAACAGUAAAGUUGAGAUUCAAUUUUAGUUCACAUUUCAUCACUGAGCUUUUGCAAUAUGGAGAUUAAUUUCAAAGGAAAAACAGCUCUUGUCACAGGAGCCAGCCAAGGAAUCGGUAGAGAGAUUGCUAAACAACUAGUUAAGUGCCAAGCAAAUGUUAUUGCCGUUGCAAGAAACGCCGAAAAUUUAGCCUCACUCAAAAAAGAAGCAUGCUCUAUAAGGAUCAUCCCGCUUGAUUGUUCAGACUGGAAUGCCACUGAAAACGCUCUCAAAGAUAUUGGACCGAUAGAUUUGCUCGUCAACAAUGCUGGUUUAGCAGUUUUGGGCCCUUUAACUGAGGUUAAAGAAGAAGACGUGGAUAGAACGUUUGGCAUUAAUAUCAAAGCCAUGAUUCAUAUAUCGAAAAUUGUGGUCAACGGUCUUUUAGCCCGAAAAGCACCCGGAUCUAUUGUCAACAUCUCAUCUCAAGCUUCUCUGGUCGGCCUGAACAAUCACACAGUAUACUGUGCCUCAAAGGCAGCCGUGGAUGGGUUUACAAGAGCCGCCGCUCUGGAAUAUGGACCCAAUAACAUCAGAUUCAAUGCAGUUAACCCCACAGUCAUUUUGACAGCUAUGGGUAGACUUGGCUGGUCAGAUCCCGCUGUUGCUAAGCCCAUGUUGGAUAAGAUACCGUUGAAGCGUUUUGGAGAAGUCCACGAAGUAGUUGAUGCAGUUACUUACUUGUUGAGUGAUAAAGCUAGUAUGAUUACUGGUCAUUGUCUACCCAUCGAUGGAGGUUAUGUUUCUUCGUAAAAAGCGAUUUUGAUUGACCGCAAAUGAAAGUAAAAUGCUUUAUACAUUUUUAUGCCUAAUAAAAAUUGAGUAAUGAA